UGCUAGUUGGAUUAGUACGUGCGAUGUGCAUAUUCACAUAUUGGCGAUCAUGUUCAAACGUGCUGAUCGCACCUGUCGCUACCUCAUAAGUAAAAUGACCACGGUUGUCAUGUUGAGUGAUGACAAACCUCAGGUUUUGGCCACAAAACCAACUGGACACAUUAAGGACUGUGUGCUCGAUAAGUUGGCGAUAUAUGUGCCCAAAACAAUAAUAAUAUUAGUGACAUAUGGCGUACAGUUGCUGUUCGUAAUACUAGUGAUUGUGUCAUUAUUACGGGCCAUAUAUUUUGAGCCGUAUCGUGCCGUACAUGGUAGAUCCGUACGAAACUGUACGCCCGUAUUAUUAGUGCCGGUGACGCUAUUUGUCAUAGUUGUAAUGAUGAUCGUGGUCAAAUUGAAGGUGGUUGAUCCGGGUCUGAGCAAUAUCUGUUUGACCAUGGAAAAUUGCGGUAAAUCACCAUCAGUGGCUGACAAUGAUCACGAUCAUUUUGACAGUUUUAUCAAACAACAUGAAUGCGUUAUGAAUUAUGUGCUCGAUGUGUUGGCGAUAUAUGUUCCCAAAGCGAUCACAAUAUUUUUGACUUAUGGCGUACAAUUGAUGCUGAUUAUACUGGGAUCAAUUUAUGUGACUAACUGUCGCUCCGCACCCGAACUACCUAUUGUGACAAUAAUAAUGGGCACUUUGUAUGCCGUGUGUUGGACAGUCUAUCACAACACUGAACCUGGUAAAUUGGCCCAGAAUAUUGGCCGCAUUAUCCCGGGCUAUAUAUUACAACCCCCAGUAUUACCCAUACUGUUCGGGUGCGUUAAUCACACCGGUGUCCACAUAUCGGUCGACAAGCUCGUACCGUUCGCUCUAAAUAAA